CUUCAAGCCAAUCGACUUCGCAAUGAGUGACGCAGUUCAGGACCCCAACGCCAGCGGCGCAGCUGAGCAGAGCGAGAAGGGCAAGGGUCGAGCUGUGGAUCAACACCCAGGACAACAAAGUGAAGAUGACGAGGAAGAGGAUGACGAGGAGGAAGAGGGUGAAGGCGAACCUGAGGAAGCUGAUGAGGACAACAUGGAAGAGAUCGAUACCGACAACAUCAUAGGCAGUCGUACUCGGGGCAAGAACAUCGACUACGCAGAAGCCGCCAAGCAACUCGAGGGCGCCGAUGACGAGGAUGAUGAAGAUGAUGAGGAUUUCCAGGACGAGGAGAUGUCAGAAGAUUGAUUUCCGUGCCAAAAAUGAUGACCGCGUUCGCGAUGGAGGUUGUGAGCCCUGCCCGUAUCAGGUGCUGAACAGAAUACAAGGAGCUUGUUGGACAGUCUAUCAGCGCCUGGGCAUAUAUUCCCCAUCCCUGGUCAUGAGAGACAAUGUUAGACACUUUACCCCGGGAAAGUGGUCAACAGACAACCACUAUGUCUGCGGGCCAAUCCUCCCAAGUAAAUACGAUGCCUUUGAUCGUCAUCGCUCCUGACCGUUCCUGUUUCCCAAGAUGUCGUAUCUGUUGCCCGUACACCGCCAUAGAGCAUAGUAUGUUAUAAAUUGUAAAGCUCGGCAGGGACAAGCGAUU